GUAGGUCGACGUGUAAUAAAUUUAGACCUCAUAGAUCACUGCCUGAAGAGAGAUGGCCCCUCUUCCUUUCGCUGUGGUGCUUCCCGGCUUGGGCGAGGUUUCUAGCUUUGAAGACGUGGGCAAGAAGUGGCACGCCUGGCUGGACACUCAGGAUGUAGCGGUUCAGGUCCUUGUUACCGGCCUGCAGUCGUCGAUUCAGGGUGGCGCCAUCGGCUAUAUGUUUGGCAGCAUCAGCGCCAUCGACCCCACUCAGAAUGGCACUGCGCCCAAGCCGGCGAACCCAGCUCUGGACAGCAUGAUGAAGGCAGGGCCGUGGGGCACCGCGCGCAAUCUGGCGGCCCUGACGGGUGUGCAAGCCGCCGCUACCCUGGCGAUCAAGAAGGCGCGCAACGGCAAGGAGGAUGUGUACAGCUCGAUGGCCGCCUCGUUUCUGUCGGGUGUGGCCUACUCGCUCGUGAGCGGCUCGCCCAACCCGAUCCAGAGCGCUAUCACCACCGGUGCCGCGUUCGGCCUGUUCAACGGCCUAAUCUACCAGGUGGGCCAGGCGUUCAAGCCUGAGUUUGCCGACACGGAGUACGACCGCGGCAAGUACAUGCUCAAGACCCUGGGCCUGACGAAAUACGUGGACAACCUCAAGAAGGGUCUGCUGACCGACAACACCAUCAUGCUGUGGAACGACAUCGCCCUGGCCGAGGUGCGCAUCCCGCCCGGCCCCCGGCUGCUCAUCCUGCACCACCUGGACACCUACCGCAACCCCAGCUCCGUGCUCAAACCCGCGCUGCCACUGCCGCCGCUGCCACCCCCGCCGCCUCCCAUGGCGGCGGCCGCCGCCGGCGCGUCAGGGCGGUAGAUGCUGCCAGGACGAGCCGCGGAGCUGCGCCCUGGUGCGACAGCAGGCGCAGUUAACUGUUCUGUGUGAUGACAUUCGCUGACUUACAUUUACCACAUUGCUGUUGUACGCGUGCCGGUUGUGUGUCGUCGUGUGGACGUUGAGACGAAGCGGGGAUCUUCCUUAGGUAGGACGACCUGGGUGCGACAGAGAAAGGAGGAGUCAGUGCGGGCAUGUAGCGGGCUUAGCUGGGGUGCACACAGGCACCGGUGGGAUACUAGUUAACGCAGUAUCAGCUGGCAAGUAGGCAGGCGGCAUGCAGGCUAGGGUGUGCGAUGGGACAGUGGUAAGGCAGGUUGGUAAAGUCCCGUAGGGCGCAGCUGAUUCCCAGAACCCAGCAGAUGGCAAACAAUUUGCAACGGCAGGGCAGGAGUGCGCGGCAUGCAGGCUAGGGCAGGCAUGCGACCCCGCAGCAUGCGGGCUGGUACAGCUGGGAAAGCUGACACGGUAGAGCAAAAGUGGUAGAGACGCCGCACGCCACUCAGGGUACAGAUGAUACCGCUCCAACGCAUGCUAAGUAUACAGGCCUGCCACAUGAUGCUCGGAUGCUGGUAUGGGUGGGCUGUAAGUACCGACUUCA